ACUACUAACUACCUGUGUGCAUGUGUUCGCGUGUCCUCGGUAGAAAUAGUUGAUGACACCGUGUUAGUAAUAUCGUGUGUCGCAAAAUAUAACCUCUCAAUAAAAUGCUCCAAUUCUUAUCUGUAUCGUUAAAGAUUUUGUUCUUGCGAAAAAUUUGAUUUUACACGAUCGUGUGAACGUACAGACGCUCGUUCGAGCACGUUACAACAUGAAAGUUAUCGUGAAGAAGCUUCAAGGAAAAGAAUGCGUUGUUGACAUUAUGCCCUCGGACACAGUGCUUCAAUUAAAGCACAAAGUCAGUGAUCUUUUGGGUAUAGAUGUUCCACAACAGAGACUGUUGCUUACGGGCAAAACUUUAGCUGAUGAAAAUCCGUUGAGUUUCUAUCCGGGAAUCAAGGAUGGAAGCAAAUUGAAUCUGUUGGUGAUUAAAAAGGCGGACGAAGGAUCUAGCGAGGGAAAGGCUUCGCAUAGCAAGUCUGGCAUCAAUAUUCUACGAGAUGAAAUCUCUAGAGUUCUGAGGCACUAUUACUCGGAGCCUGAGACAGAAUGGAUAGUCAACGAGUUGAUAAAAGACCUGAAAAAUAAAGUGAAUAACCUUAGUUACGAUGAUUUAGAACGAUUAGCAACGGCGCUGCUCCAGGACCAAGAGAACUUAGAUUAAGAGUACUUUGGUUUUCCAUUUACUGCUUAAUACUUGAUUAUUGUAAUACACUUUUAUUUAAUUAAA